AUGAAGACGAAGCCUUUUUCCACUAUUUUUCUUUUCAUUUGCUUUGCUUUUGUUCUUGCAGAUUGUUUCGUGGUUGAAGGGAAUACUUGCAAACCCAGCGGCAAGCUUAAAGGGAAGAAACCUCCACCGGGAAAAUGCAACCGCGAAAAUGGCUCCGACUGUUGCAAAGAGGGGAAGUUUUACACUACCUAUAAAUGUUCACCUCCUGUGUCCAGCCAUACAAAAGCAACAUUGACGAUUAACAGUUUCGAGUCUGGCGGAGACGGUGGCGGCCCAUCAGAAUGUGACAACAAAUACCAUUCCGAUGAUGACCCCGUGGCGGCACUUUCGACCGGAUGGUUUAACAACAGAAAGAGGUGCAUGAAGUAUAUCAAAAUCCAUGGAAAUGGGAAAAGUGUGAGAGCUAAGGUAAUAGAUGAAUGCGAUUCUACUGCUGGAUGUGAUUCGGAUCAUGAUUACCAGCCUCCUUGUCCUCACAAUGUCGUUGAUGCCUCAAAAGCAGUCUGGAAAGCUCUUGGAAUUCCUGAAAGUGAUUGGGGCGAAACAGAUGUCUAUUGGUCAGAUGAUUGAUUUCUCUGAUCAUAUU